AUGUGUUCUCGACCGAUUCCGGCCACGGCAGCCAAUCUCAUUGAGACUAGCCGUCUGCAAAAACACGUGCACUCUCAUUCCUGUCACUCUCAUACUCCGGUCGGACGACACUCGACACGACCAUUAAGGCGCAGGACCGACGCGAAACGUGCUCUACUCGGCACGGAGGUGAAACAUCGCCAACUUCCCAACUCCGGACUGUUACUGAAAGACGCAAUAACUAUACUUGGGCAAACCCGGGACUCGACCCCAGGAUCCCCGGAUGUG